ACCAAACCAUGGCCUUCUUAAUGGCACCUGGGAACUACAGCUCACCUGCUGCGAUCUCCGAGUUCCUCCUCAUCUGUUUCCCUGGCUACCAGAGCUGGCAACACUGGCUCUCCCUGCCCCUGAGCCUGCUCUUCCUCUUGGCCAUGGCGGCCAAUGCUACACUUCUGCUCACCAUCUGGUUAGAGGCCUCUCUGCAUGAGCCCAUGUACUACCUGCUCAGCCUGCUCUCCCUGCUGGAUAUCGUGCUCUGUCUCACCGUCAUCCCCAAGGUGCUGGUUAUCUUCUGGUUUGAUCUCAGAGCCAUCAGCUUUUCUGCCUGCUUCCUCCAAAUGUUCAUUAUGAAUAGUUUCCUUCCCAUGGAGUCCUGCACCUUCAUGGUCAUGGCAUAUGAUCGCUAUGUGGCCAUCUGCCACCCCCUGCGCUACCCCUCCAUCAUCACUGAUCGAUUUGUUGUCAAAGCUGGUAUAUUUAUUGUGGCCAGAAAUGCUCUCCUCACUGCACCGAUUCCUAUUCUUUCUUCUCGACUUCGUUACUGUGGAAAAAAUAUAAUUGAGAACUGCAUCUGUGCCAACUUAUCUGUGUCCCGACUCUCCUGCGACAACUUUACUUUCAACCGAAUUUAUCAGUUUGUGGCUGGCUGGACCCUCCUUGGCUCUGACCUCAUCCUUAUCUUCAUUUCUUAUGCCUUUAUCCUCCGGGCUGUGCUAAGGAUCAAGGCUGAGGGGGCUGCGGCCAAGGCCCUGAGCACAUGUGGCUCCCACUUUAUUCUCAUCCUCUUCUUUAGCACCAUCUUGCUGGUUGUUGUGCUGACAAAUGUGGCCAGGAAGAGAGUUCCCAUGGACAUCCUUAUCCUUCUCAAUGUCCUUCAUCAUCUUAUUCCCCCAGCCCUGAAUCCCAUUGUCUAUGGGGUGAGGACCAAGGAGAUCAAACAAGGGAUCCAGAAGUUACUAAAAAGGAGAGUAUGAGGACAUGGAAGUCAUUUUCAACUCAGGACUGUGUCGAGGACUGAAAAAUAGGGUAGGGUGAGAUAUGUUAUCCUCUCCUUUAUAGUGUCAUACCUGGAAAUCUGUAUCUAUCUGUGUGUAUUAGGUCCCUCUCCUAUAUUCUUUCCUUGAGUCUCUGUGUCUGCACCAAGUAAAGAUCAAGUAUCUAUUAUGUUUAAAGAAAAGGAAUCUAGACUUUUUUAGAGAAAAAACUCAGAAUUUCCUCUUUGGAAACUCCCUCUCCAACACUCUUGUUGAAUAGUCCUCUAUUUUCAGCACAAAGUCUAGUGGAAAGCAUCCACCCUCUAUCUUGACCCCAGAAUUGUCAUGUUAUUGUU